UUCCUUUGCCAGCCUGGCCUGCCCAAACUUCUUCCUCUUUCUCCUCCUCGUUGCACCUGACCACGCUCUGGCACCAUCUUCAGCCUAUUCUGCUUAUAACUCCGCGAACACCAAGUAUACCUGCAUGUCCGUGGAGGGUGAGCUAUCGGCCGAGAUCAGCUUAUUGCGAUAUUAUACGAACUACUGCUCGUACUGCUCCCAUUACCAGUAGCACGCAGCUAACAGCUCUAUAAGCCGUUUCCAUGUCUGCAGACGCAGUAGCUGUUGCUCCCAUCGCCCCGGCCCCUCCAACACAGUUUGAAUUUGUUGUUGGAGAUAGACCAGAUCAACUCAAAGCAGGGUCCAACCCAAGGCUACGGUCGCAUCUAUCCAAACGGGGCUGGCAGGUCUACUUGCUGCAGAACAACGGAGCCUCAUCCUCUGCCUCUGGUUCCGCUCCAGUUGAUGAAGCAGCUCAGCAACGCGAGGACAGGGCUAAGCGAAAGAAGCGCAAGCGACAACUGCACACUGUCACUUGGAACCUUCCGACUGCCGAAGCCUCAAACAAUGCGCUGGCCCAAUCCUUGAUGCGGACCAAUGCCGCAAGAGCCGCUCCGCAGCUGACAAUCGAGUACCAACUUGGAGGCGGACGGGUUGAUCCUUUCAGGACGUAUCCUGCACCAUGGAAGCCCUAUAUUCCCCAGCUGGUCGAUCACUACAUCGUCCACAUGGCCGUUGAUAUCCCUGAGCUUGAUGAGCCUGGUGAAAGGGGUCUUCUUCGUACCCGCUGGUUCCGUCUCGCGACAACGGAAAUAUCCACUUUCCAAGUCGUUCUGCUCUUAUCCGCGGGUAACUUUAUCACGGUCAAGGACGGCAAAGCCUCUGAAUCGGGAUUCGAAAUGGAGCAGCUUAGGCUCGACGCCAUUCAGUCCAUCAACAUUGCCAUGGGUUCGCCACAUGCUUGCAGUGACUCCAUCAUCGGCGCAGUGGCAAAGAUGGCGAGCUUCGAAUCCAUGCACGGUAAUGAGUCGCAUUUUAGACUUCACAUGGAUGCUGCCAAGAGAUUGGUCAACAUGAGAGGUGGCUUGCACAAUCUAGGCCUGGGAGGACUUUUGCGACGAAUGCUCAUUUGGAUCGACUUGAAUGGUGGGCAUUUGUUGAAUACGCCUCGAUGGUUCCCAGGACAAACAUUCCAGGGGGGCGUAGAGGAGAUUGUGGAACCUAACCCAGAGCGUUUCAUUGCUGUUUAAAAGGCGUAAAGGGCAACCUUUGGGCUUUUUGAUCUUUCUUUUGGUUAUUUGCUUUUUUUAUAUGUUCCAUUCAGGUUCUUUCUAAUGGGUCUAAGCGUUUUGGGAAGCGAUUCUGGGAAAUUCCAGACUAAUGGUUUAUUACAAGUGUGUUUUAUAGAAUGGAACCGUACCUCGGGUAGCAAAUAAUAUUGUCUUUUCUUCAUACUGAUACUCUGAAUCUUUGACUAAAACAAUGGACAAGACCUCCCUGCAUCAAGACGAGUCAAUUGUAAA